CAGCAAGGCUGACAUGUGCAGCUUCAGCUCAGCCUGUAUGUAGUAAACGCUGUCGACCGCUCUCUUUCAUCCAGACUCCGCUUUUCCUUCAUCUUCCCGAUUUCUUGGUGACUCUUGCAAAUAUGACGUCCACGAUCAACAACGCGCUCAACAGCAUGCUGUCAGCCCUCAAUCUGGGAGGAAAGAAGCAGGAAAGCGAGCCGCAGGCGGAGCCUCCUGCUGAUGCUGAUCUGAAAGAGCUACGAGAGAAGUACGAGAAGGCUGGUCAGGGACAGGUGUUCACAUAUUGGGAUGAUCUGAAACCGCAUGAGAAGGGACAGUUGUUUCAGCAGCUGCAACCCAUUGACCCGGAGCACAUUAACAAGAUCGCCGACAAGGCGCUCAACCCUCCGAAGCCGACUAGCGAAGAUGAGAAGCCCGUACUCGAGCAAUUACCGGAGUCUGCGACGACUUCCACCAUCGACAGUAAGCAAGGCGAUCUGGAGAAAUGGUACAAGUCCGGUCUAGAGUCGAUCUCGCAGAACCAGGUUGCGGUUGUGCUCAUGGCAGGUGGGCAAGGUACGAGGCUGGGCAGCUCGGCGCCCAAGGGUUGCUACGACAUCGGUCUCCCGAGCAAGAAAUCACUGUUCCAACUGCAGGCAGAGCGGAUCCGCAAGCUACAGUACCUGGCAAAGAAGCAUCACAGCACGGAUGCGGUUGUACCGUGGUACAUCAUGACUUCUGGCCCAACGCGCAAGCCUACGGAGCAAUUCUUCGAGGAGCACAAAUACUUCGGCCUCGAUCGCAACAAUGUCGUCAUCUUCGAACAAGGUGUGCUACCAUGUCUGAGCAUGAACGGCAAGAUUCUGUUGGAGACGAAAGGGAAGGUUGCUGUCGCUCCUGACGGCAACGGCGGUCUUUACGCUGCCUUGAUCGCUAGCGGCGUGGUGCAAGAUAUGGAGAAGCGUGGCGUCCAGCACAUCCAUAUGUUUGGCGUCGACAACUGCCUUGUACGCGUUGCUGAUCCUACAUUCAUCGGAUUUAGCGCAGAGAAGGACGUUGACAUCGCGACGAAAGUUGUCCGCAAGCGGGACGCUAAGGAGUCUGUCGGUCUUAUCCUGCAGAAGAACGGCAAGCCAGACGUCGUGGAGUACUCUGAAAUCGACGCUGCGACAGCUGAAGCAAAAGACCCGAAAGACAGCAGUCUCCUCAAGUUCCGCGCCGCCAACAUUGUAAAUCAUUACUACAGUUUCCGCUUCCUGCAAAGCAUCCCUGAGUGGGCACAUCAACUACCGCAUCACGUGGCUAAGAAGAAGAUACCUUCCAUUCCUCUAGACUCGAAGACCGGCGAGCAGGUGAAACCCGACAAGCCGAACGGUAUCAAGCUUGAACAAUUUGUGUUCGACUGCUUCCCCUUCUUGUCGAUGGACAAGUUCGCUUGCCAGGAGGUCAAACGCGAAGAGGAGUUCUCAGCACUGAAGAACGCACCCGGCACGGGUGAAGACGAACCGCAGACGUCAAGGCGCGACAUUAUGCAGCUCGGCCGCAAGUUCCUGGAGGACGCUGGGGCUAUCGUGGUCAGCGAAGGCGAGGACGCAGGUGUCGAGGUCAGUCCGCUGAUCAGCUAUGCUGGUGAAGGUCUGGAGUUCUUGAAGGGAAGACAGAUCAAAGCACCAGCUGUGAUAGAGAAGGAGGACUAGGUGGUCCAAGUAUUCUGAAUGAGCGUUGUUAUGAUGGGGUCGGUGAGAUGAGCUUUUCACGAGCGCAGGACGAUAGAUAUGAUCAAAGAUCGAGACGGUGCUUUCACUCUGUUUUCAGCCUGAUGCGGUGGCGUCCGUCUUCGUAGAGCCGCUGGCAUGUUUGUGCGCCAUCUUGGUCGGCACCUGACCCAAAGUGGCACGUCCAAUCAGAAGUCCGCAAGCCCGCAAUCAAGGCCACGGGAAGCGAUCUGCUUCCCGCGGCACUAGUGUCAGUAAUUUCUGUUUGCAAGUCGCAGAAAGGUCUUCGUUUCUUCUUCCUCGCAUAGCAACCUUCAACGUCGCACUGAGCAGAGUGGAAUCGCUGUCGUUGGGCGAGGGCAGAAGGAGAGGUGGUCUGUACGGAGAGAAGGAGUGUCGAG